CAGCCGGGAGAGAGCUGUCCAGCGCGGCGUGGUGCUGAAACGACUCGGAGGUUUUGAGAUUUCAGAGAGCAUCAGGCGAUAACCUGCAGCUUACUGUGCUCCGCAUCAAUAGCUCAGGACUGCCUUGCGCGAUGAACUCCAUUCUGUUGCUGGUGCUGGUACUACAUUCCAUGCAUGUAACUGCUUUCCAGACCUCCAAAUGCCAAGAGCUGAGAGAGAGAUGUGAAGCUGCAGGAAAUGGAUGUGAAAGUGUCUGGGCUUUGCUGGAAGAAGUUUGUUGCAUUUCAGGCAACAACUACACAGUAAAAGAUUCGACCAACUGUAAUAAAACAGUCAAGUUCUUAGUUGACCAGUUCCCAGAAUUUAAAGACUGCACCUGCACUAACGAUAACUGCAGCACUACAGCGUUGCUUGGCAAGCAAUGUUUUGGGAAUAAAGGGAAAUCGAAGCUUUACGCAAGCACAGAUGUCCAGUUAGGAUUCCUGCCACAGACAAAAUUGCAGGAGACGGUGCACCAAGGCAUGUUAGGAACCGACUGCGCGGUUGCAAUGGAAAUAUGCCGAGGAGAUGACACCUGUUUCCUGCAGUACAAGAAAUUCCAGAGAAUGUGCAGAACCAAAGUAGCAAACUGUAGCCUCCGUGUGGUGGUACAGCAAUGCCUCACAGCAUGGAAGGAGUUAAGGAGAACAGUCCUGGGGAGCUGCAUAUGCCCAGAACCACUGCAUAAAAGAUGCACUAAAAUAUGGAAGCAUAUAUUUAACAACACAUGCGUACAAUACACCCAGGAAUACCAAGCUUCUGCCAUUCAGGAGGAAACCUAUGCAGGCUUUGAUGCAGAUCACCUGAAAAUAAAAUCACAGUGGAAGUCAUCGUCUCUUUCAAACUAUGAAUACAAACACCUGCGCUCCUGCUUCCAAGUCAAAGUGGACUGUGUCAAUGACGGAGUCUGUAACAGACAACUAUCUCGCUACCUUCAAGCCUGCCAAGCUAAUGCAACACAGUGCAAUUGGACACGGUGCCAAGCGGCUCUGCGGUCCUUCUAUGAAAACAUGCCUUUGAACGUAGCCCUGGUGUUGACCUUUUGUGAUUGCAUGCCGUCAGAUGAAAACUGCCACCAAGCCAAGGGAUUCCUUCAUGGCACAGUGUGUGGAGUCAAUAUGGUCCCAGCUCCUUCAUGCCUCAGUGUAAUUGACACAUGCCAAAGAAAUGAGAUCUGCCGGGCCAAGUAUGAAGCAUUUACAUCUAAGUGUUUAAAACCCUUUGCCCGACAAUGCCUUGAAGAUACAGCUUGUUUCGAAUCUUUGGAUGCAAAUGAUCUGAUGUGUUCUGACAGUGAUGAGUGCCGAGCUGCUUAUGUCGGAAUGUGGGGGUCUGUCCUUCGAGGAGUUGAGUGUACCUGUGACACAACGCCACUGGCUAAGCAGACUGCAUGCAAGUGGUUCCAUCAUAUCCUCCACAGCAAAUCCUGCUUCACUCAGAUAUCAGGUGGAAAAGCUGACCUUUACUCAUCACGUAUGGUUCUACCUGGAAAAAUACUUCCUGUAACUGGAGAACGGUCUUCAUUGUACACGGACACAAUCAUUAUAAUGAUAUACACCUCUUGCAUAAUCUUGGUGCUGGCGAUAAUCCUGCUGACUUUGUUAAAGACCAGAGCUUGCACAACUGUGUAUCAGGCCAAGACUGUUUCCCCAGCCCAUUUAUCUGAGAAGCUCAUGAUGCCUCGACGACCGUGGAUCACCGACUGCGUCGAUAAUGCUAUUUCAGGCUCUUCUCAUUAGCCAACCUGGUGCUCAUAUGCCAUGAAAUUUCUCUUCAGAGAAUACAUGGCCUGUAAUACUGCUGUUCCACUUCAGCAAACACUGGGCAACUUACUACAAGAGAGGACACCACUGGAGUUGUAAUUGCUUUAUUUGCCUCAGUACUGUGUUGCUGUGUUGAAUUUAAGAUUGAGACAUAUGAUAUACUACACGAUGAUACGUUUGGCCAUGACAUGUUUCCAGCCCAGCAUUUGCCAUACCGCUGUGUUGAAAAUUUCCUCUCCAUUUUUUCAACCAUUCUCGAGCAGUCAGUGAGGAAAGAAAUUGCAUUUGAAAAUUAUCACAGGGAAGAGAAAAUGUCAGUGAAAUUCUCAUGGGCAGGGUACAACAUUAGGGUGUACUUCUAUUGCUUUUGAGAUGGCCAAGGCAUAUUGAAAGUGCCCUUUCAUUCCUUUCACAAACCCCAGUUCCAGGCCCUAGUUUAUUAAUACCUAUGAAGGUUUUUAACUCUUUACCGUGACAAAGUCUAUUGUCCAUUAAUACACAAAAAAGUAUUUUGCCAGAUUGCAUCUCUUAUUUGCUCAUAUUUGCAGAUCUAAGCUGAGAGAGUGGGUCACAUUUUAGUCCAAUGCACAGAAAACAAGUUGUGAAACUUACCAAACGCCAAAACCAUAUAAAUAUCUACAUUUGAGGCCCUGCCCAAAUGAGCAUUAGCCCUGCAUGUAUAUCACAUUGUAGCAGGAAUGCAAAUGCUAAAACCUAAAUCCCAGGACUUGUGUUACACUUCUGGCACAGGGGCUGCUGCAAUCCUGCUCUUUCCUGCACCUCAAGGAAAUUUGAGAGGCGCAGCAGCAACUUCCCCCUGGUAAUGCAAUUUCCUAAGGUUUUAAGCUGGCAUGCAAAUAAACCAUGGCAUGAGGGUCCUUUUGGGUGGCCCUCACCUUCUCACAUCAUACUAGUGGCAUGGGAAGGAGUGGUACCACUGUGGUCUUCAUAUGGCUGGGCUAAUUUUACUGACUCUUUGCAGUUCUUCGUUUGAUAUGCUAUUUUGUGAAAGCACUACAAAUCUGCUCUGUCUCCUGCUGGGAUUGUAAUGAGGCCUUUCCAACCAGAAAACCUUUCUAAGCAUUAGGACCCUUUCAAGUAUUAUGCUUUAACACUGGUGUGCAGAAUCUCUUUUAGAAAAUCUGCACCAGGAUGCUUUUCGGAUACAGGAUAUGUGCUAUCUCUGAGCUAUGGAAUUUCCCUCCUAAUUCCCUCCUUCCACCACCUCUCCCGCUGUGUACUGUCUGCUUGAUCAUUGGUUUGGCCAAACACCUCCUGACUGUGCUUUGUAUCUAUUCUACUAAAAGGGGAAAGGAUCCUUAAUCUGAGAUACAGGUUUACUUUGGGAAAUAGUUGAAGCAGCAAAAUACACUUCUUGUAGCGUUAUUGAGUUUUCACUGGUGUAGGUUUUUUUAUUGCUAUUAAAAAUAAA